GGCUGCCAUAAAUACAGCUGAUUUAUUGUUUUCCCUCAUGAUCAAAACGGUGAGCAAAAAAAAUGUUUCCUCGCAAUACCGCUAUAAAUUAUGCUCUGCAAAAUUUAGUUAAACGUGUCUUCGUUGUUUUUAAUAAGAACGAAAUGUCUUAAUGGUUAGAGUUAGAAUGUACUCCCCUAAAUAAAUUGCCAGGGUAACAGAAUAAUCAAAUUACAAAGAAGCUACACAUUUUAAUAAAUGUAUAAAAGAUUCAUCACUUAUCUGUUGCAUCAUUUCAUUUGUUCAGAUGCGUCCUCUUUUGAUUGGUUUAUUGGUUUUGGAUGAGAAUAGAUCUAUCCAAAGCGGUCCCGCCGGAACGAAACAAACAAAGCGCACUAAAUAAAAUUAGCUCGAUUUUUAUCUUUUCUGUUUAAUCGGUAGUAUUAUUACUCUAUCCCAGACAUCCAAUAGGACUGCAUUUUAUUUCAUCUGACUCUGUCAUCCGCUGUCUGUGGUUAUCGGCCCUGAUCUCCAGGUGCAUCGUGGACGAGGGUCAGAAGGUUCGAGGCUUCAUAAUGGACACAAAAGCACAAAGCACGCGGACGGGGCAGGCGUGAUGCUCCGCUACCUGAUAUCAAAGCCAGCAGCCUCUGCAUGAGAGGAGAGGGGGGAACCAAAGAGCUCUAUUUACGACAACAACAAUAACAGUCCCGAGUCACUAGGACGGAGUUCCCUUGCAGGUAACAGUGGGAAUAUUUAAAGAUGUUGGACGGUAUAAAACUCGAAGACCAUCCGCUGCGGUCGGGACAGGCUACACUUGGAGUUAUGCUGGGGACGGAGUGCCAUCACCAGGCGGUGUGUGAGGGGUGCCAGCGGCCGAUAUCUGACCGCUUUCUGAUGCGCGUCAACGAGUCUUCAUGGCACGAGGAGUGUUUGCAAUGCGCCGUGUGUCAACAACCGCUCACCACCAGCUGCUACUUCCGGGAGAGGAAACUUUACUGCAAACAUGACUACCAACAGUUAUUUGCGACCAAAUGCAACGGGUGUCUGGAGAAGAUCGCCCCCACAGAGUUUGUGAUGCGGGCGCUGGAGUGCGUGUACCACCUCAACUGCUUCUGCUGCUGUGUGUGUGACCGACAGCUACGGAAAGGGGAUGAGUUUGUCCUGAAGGACGGACAGCUGCUGUGCAAGAGCGACUAUGAGAGGGAGAAAGACCUGCUCGGCUCCGUCAGUCCUGAUGACUCAGAUUCAGAGAAAAGCGAAGAUGAGGAACUGGAUAUCAAGCCGGAAAAGGGCUCUGGAGGCACUGGGAAGGGAGAUGAUGGGAAAGACCCAAGAAGACCCAAGCGACCACGUACCAUCCUCACCACGCAGCAGAGACGCGCAUUCAAGGCAUCGUUCGAGGUGUCUUCCAAACCCUGCCGGAAGGUAAGAGAGACGCUGGCUGCAGAGACAGGCCUGAGCGUGCGCGUGGUUCAAGUGUGGUUCCAGAACCAAAGAGCUAAGAUGAAGAAGUUGGCGCGGAGACAGCAGCAGCAACAGGAGCAGCAGAACUCCCAAAGGCUGGGCCAAGAGGUGAUGUCCAAUCGGAUGGAAGGAAUGAUGAACUCCUACACACCAUUGGCUCCAGCCCAGCAACAGAUGGUUGCCAUGGAGAACGGUUACAGCACCGAUCCCUUCCAGCAGGGCCUCACCCCUCCUCAAAUGCCCGGUGACCACAUGAACCCAUAUGGAAAUGACUCGAUAUUCCACGACAUUGACAGUGACACUUCGUUGACCAGCCUUAGUGACUGCUUCUUGGCCUCGUCCGAGGCGGGCUCAAUGCAAGCGAGAGUGGGGAACCCCAUCGAUCGACUCUAUUCAAUGCAGAGCUCCUACUUUGCUUCAUGAAAACCUAAAGAGACAAGGAAAUGCAAGAGUAGGUCACUCGCUGCACCUCACUAGUCAGACGCCACCUAUCAAGGAAAUACAACGGAAUCGUCAACAAAGCUUAAAGACGAGACAUCUAAGAUAGACAAACAGGCAAAAACAGAAAAGACAAGUGAACUUGAAGACUUACGGUCCAUAUUUCUCUGCAGUGAAGUGCCAGCUCUGGACGCCCAGGCGCCUGAGGCUGAGAUUUUUUUUCUAGUUUCUUGUAGAUUGUUUGUACAUGACUUUCUCAGAAGUAGCAUUUCACCUUAUCCUCAUUGAAAAAGAGUAUUGAUGGACAGUUUGACGUCACUGAAGCAUCAAGCCUCGACUCAUGAUUUCCUGCCAGGAGAGGCAGAAGAUCAAGACACAAAGCUCAUAAUGCAUGAAUCCAUAUCCUUGUGAUUGUUACGUUUAAAAAAAAAAAUGGAGAAAAAAAAUCUUGUGUUGUUCAGAUGUUAAAAUGUGAUGUUCGGACUCAUAAUUUCCUCUUUUUCAUUAUGUUCAGCAUUGCAUUUUUAUCACUUUAAUAGGUUAGCCCUCUGAAAGACAAUUUAGAAAAGCUUAGAGGGGGUGAUAUGUAUAGUGUAUCUGCAUUUGUAAGUAUGUUAGUGUGUGUGAGCGUGUGUGAGUCUGUGUGAGUGUGUA